UCUUAUUAGCUGCCCCAAACGCCAGAUUUUUGUAACCUUUGCAGUCUUUGGCAAUUUUUACUUUUCUAGCAUAGUUAAACGUAUUUUGACAAAAUAAUAUUUAUAAAAUCCUUAAAAUAUAAGUCCCUUGAAAUUGAUCCAGCUCCCUCCCCUCCCUCCCCGGCUCCGUGGCGGAGAUAUACCGCAAAAGAAGUGCAAGACCUAAUAAAUCCACUUGCACCAGAUCCAUGGCAACACAAAAGAUUCUGUCCUCAUUCUUCAUGCGCCUUUGAAGUGCAACCCCCCUCCUUUCAGCUGCUGCAACCUCAACCGUUUUCGAGGGUGUUUUCAGAACAUGGAUUCGAGGAAGGGCAAAGCUUCUGUUUCUGCAUCUUCACUGAGUGCUGCACCUUUGAGUGUUUCAAAUAAGGUGGAUCAGAUGGUGUCGCCCCCUAGGGAUGUGAGAGCUGUUGAGACUGAUGUGGAUAUAGACCUUAGGGAAAUUUACUUUUUAAUCAUGCACUUUUUGUCUGUCGGGCCAUGCCAUAGGACUUUUCUAAAUUUCAAGGAGGAACUUUUAGAGCAUCAGCUUCUACCUAGAAGAUAUCAUGCUUGGUUUUCAAGAAGUGGUGAACCCAGUGGGGAUGAUGCGGAUGAAGAUGAUGAUGGCAUCUCUUUACCUUUAGAUUACAGCAAUCUAGUGGGCAGGUAUCCUCACAUAACUAAGGAUCAUUUGGUGAAGCUUCUGAAGCAAUUGAUGCUGAGUACGGUCAAUCCUUUGCAUGGAAAACUUGAAGGAAGUAGUCCUAAUGCAGCUGAUGUUCCUACUUUACUUGGAUAUGGUUCAUUUUCGCUUCUUAAUGUUGAUAGAAAAACAGCUGACAAACUGGUGAAGCCCCCUCCACUUUACAUGCGUUGGCCACAUAUGAAGGCUAAUCAGGUUCAGGGGCUAAGUUUAAGGGAGAUUGGAGGUGGUUUUACUAAGCACCAUCGUUCUCCAUCCAUUCGCAGUGCAUGUUAUGCAAUCGCCAAACCAUCUACUAUGGUGCAAAAGAUGCAAAAUAUUAAAAAGCUAAGGGGGCACCGUGUGGCUGUCUAUUGUGCCAUAUUUGAUGGAUCCGGGAGAUAUGUUAUUAGUGGUUCAGAUGAUCGUCUUGUCAAGAUUUGGUCUAUGGAAACUGCAUUUUGCUUAGCUAGUUGCCGUGGACAUGAAGGUGAUAUUACUGAUUUGGCUGUAAGCUCAAACAAUGCUUUGGUGGCAUCUGCUUCAAAUGAUUUUGUCAUUCGAGUUUGGCGCUUACCAGAUGGGAUGCCGAUAUCAGUUUUGCGGGGACAUACUGGAGCAGUUAAUACUAUUACAUUUAGUCCCAGUGUCAUAUACCAGCUACUAUCGUCAUCAGAUGAUGGAACUUGUAGAAUAUGGGAUGCGAGAAAUUCACACAAUCCACGAAUAUAUGUACCUCGACCUCCAGAUGCUAUAAAUGGGAAGGGCAAUGCUCCACCAGCUAGUUUGCCAUCCUCAAGUAAUGUUCAACAAAGCUAUCAAGUACUUUGUUGUGCAUAUAAUGCAAAUGGAACUGUUUUUGUUACUGGUAGCUCUGAUACUUAUGCCAGGGUGUGGAGUGCUUUGAAGCCCAACACUGAUGACGCAGAACAACCAAUACACGAGAUGGAUUUAUUAUCUGGCCACGAGAAUGAUGUUAAUUAUGUGCAGUUUAGCGGUUGCUCUGUGGCUUCAAAAAUUUUGACAUCUGACCCCUGGAAAGAAGAAAAUACUUUGAAGUUCCGAAAUUUCUGGUAUUGUCAUGAUAACAUAGUUACCUGCUCUCGUGAUGGUAGUGCAAUUAUAUGGGUUCCCAGAUCACGUAAAUCUCAUGGAAAAGUAGGACGCUGGACUCGUGCAUAUCAUUUAAAAGUGCCACCACCGCCUCUGCCUCCCCAACCUCCACGAGGUGGUCCAAGGCAGAGAUUUCUACCUACACCUCGUGGUGUCAAUAUGAUUAUAUGGAGCCUGGACAAUCGCUUUGUGCUUGCAGCUAUUAUGGAUUGCAGAAUAUGUGUUUGGAAUGCAGUUGAUGGCAGCUUAGUGCACUCUUUGACUGGUCAUACUGAAUCUUCUUAUGUUUUGGAUGUUCACCCUUUCAACCCUCGAAUAGCUAUGAGUGCUGGGUAUGACGGACGAACCAUUGUGUGGGAUAUAUGGGAGGGCAUACCUAUUCGGACAUAUGAAAUUGGACGUUUUAAGUUGGUUGAUGGGAAGUUUUCUCCGGACGGAACAUCAAUUGUGCUUUCAGAUGAUGUUGGCCAAAUAUAUUUUCUGAACACAGGUCAAGGCGAGUCCCAGAAAGAUGCAAAAUAUGAUCAGUUUUUUCUUGGUGAUUAUCGACCCCUUAUUCAGGAUACUCAGGGAUAUGUUCUUGAUCAGGUUGAGACUCAACUUCCACCACACCGAAGAAACAUUCAGGAACCUCUAUGUGAUUCUAGUAUGCUGCCAUAUCCAGAACCUUAUCAGAGUCAAUUUCAGCAACGUCGACUUGGUGCUCUUGGCAUUGAAUGGCGUCCUUCAUUGAUAAAAUAUGCUGUUGGUCCAGAUUUUACUGUUGGUCAGGACUACCCAGUGGUACCUUUGGUAGAUUUGGAAGUAAUGGUUGAGCCACAACCAGAGUUCUUAGAUGCCAUGUUCUGGGAGCCAGAAUAUGACAUUAUUGUAAGCGAUGAUGCUGACUCUGAAUACAAUGCAAAUGAGGAUAGUUCUAGUGCAGCCGGGCAAGGGAGUGUUAUCUCUUCUAGUGAUCUAGAAUAUAGUGAUGACUCUAGUAAUAGGGACGGCCUUCGAAGAUCAAGAAGGAAAAAACAUAAUGUUGGAGUUGAGGUAAUGACUUCCUCUGGAAGGCGUGUAAGGAAAAGGAAUUUGGAUGAGUGUAAUGGUAAUACUUCUGGAAGUAACAGACUCCGCAAGAAAUCCAAGGGCAGCUCAAAAGCCUCAAAAAGGAAAUCUUCCAUAGCUAAGACAUUGAGACCCCAGCGAAUUGCUGCACAUAAUGCUCGUAGUAUGUUCUCUCAAAUUGAUGAAACAUCUACUGAUGGGGAAGAUAAUGAUUCUGAUGAAGAAGCAUCAGACAGUUUCCAAGAUCCUGAUGAUCUUAGUGAAUCUGAGAGGGAAAUGGAUAAUAAACAUCUUGAAAUUAAAAAGCCCCUUUUAGAAAAGUUUGCAACUGUGUCCAAGCCUCCUGCAUUCUCUGAGUCCCUGGUAAAUGUUGAAACUAGACCGAGACUGGUUGUUAAGUUUUCACUUCGUGAUUCUAAGAAGAAUGUGCCCACUGAGGACACAAGACUAGCUUGUGAGACUCAGGAUAAUAUGGUAUCCCAGUCUUCUAGACCUCAACCUGAAGAAAGUGAUCAAAAAACUUUUCCAGACACAAAAUCGUUGGACCCUGCAUUAUCUUCUAUGGUUGCAACUAAUGCUGAACUUCCCCAAAGCCUCAACGGAAAUGAAAAUGAUGAUAAAGAACAAACUGAAAAUGCUACAAAUAAUCUGUAUGCAUUCAGAUAUGUUGAGGCAAACACAGAUCAGUGCAGAAAGAUGAAGACACACACACAUGAACUUUCAAGAUCAGGGGAUGCUUUGCUGACUGAUGCUGAAAUUGAUGACCUUCUUGAACACAAUGCUAAUGGGAGAUCAGAACAUGUGAUUGGCAAGUUAGAGACUGUCGGGAGUAUGGUUAAUACAGAGCUGACUGAUUUUGAAGAUGCACCUAAAUUUUCAUCGCUUGAACCUUCAUUGUUUGGCAAUCCUCAGCCAAAUGCUGAUGGCUCCUUGACAUCUGGUUAUGAUAAGUUCAAUGAAGGUGAUAAAGGCCAGUCUGGAUCUGACAAAUGUGCAGAGGACACACUAGAAAACAAUGAAGUUGUUCACUCAAGCCAUUGCCAUGACCUCAAAAUGAAAGCACCUGUGAAAUCAACCAAGUUAGUUAUUAAAAAGAAACAAAUUUCAGCAGACACUGAAGGUCCUUGCAAACUGAAAAUUGUUAGUUCUAAGGCAGAUUCAAGCUGUGCUAGAGGUAUUGGGAUAUCUGAAAAUUCCUCCUCUAUGGGGCCUAAUCUAGUCACAGAAGUACCAGAAGGUGAAGAUGACAGAAAAUUUAGUUCUCCACAGCUACUGCAUUCAUAUUCUGACAAGAGAAGUUAUGAUCACUUCCAUAAAAGGGACAAGUCAUAUAAAGGGAAAGUCAAUCAAGAUGGUUUUGAAUCUUUUGAUUGUGAUAUGGGAGAACAUACUUCUGUUUUCAGCAACCAACAUGGUUUAGGAAUUGGUUUGUCUGAUGUUACAAGUGAUCCUAUGCGUCAAACACGGUUUAUAAGGAUGAAGACAACUUCUGAGGAGCCAAGCACUUCAAACAGAAGAAUUAAAAUUCGACAGGGUCAAAGUUCCAGGGGAAAAUCUGAUCGGGAAGACUCUUCUACCAGAAUGUCAGAUCAACUUCAUCGAAGAAUAAGGACAGCCAGACACAGGAAUGGUGAAUAUAUUGCCAAUGAUUCUGGUACUUUAACUCGAAGGGUGUCAAAUCACCAUGUCAAAAAAUUGUCAUGGCUGAUGUUGUCAGAGCCUGAAGAGGGUUACCGAUAUAUUCCUCAACUUGGUGAUGAAGUUGUGUACUUAAGACAGGGCCAUCAAGAGUACAUAAAGUCAUAUUCAUUAUCUGAAUCAGGUCCAUGGAGAUCAUUUACAGGGCUAGGUGCUUCUGAAAUUUGCAAGGUUGAAGAACUUGAGUAUGCAGAGCUACCAGGCUCUGGGGAUAGCUGUUGUAAACUUAAACUUAGAUUUCUAGAUCCUUCUUCGUGUGUGCAUGGCAAAUCGUUUAAAUUAACUCUACCUGAAUUGAUUAACUUCACUGAUUUUGUUAUUGAGAAAACAUGGUAUGAUACUGCCAUGAAGAGAAAUUGGUCUUCAAGAGAUAAAUGCAUGGUCUGGUGGAGAAAUGAAGAUGGGAAAGGUGGAAGUUGGUGGGAUGGUCGAAUUAUUCAAGUGCAGGCCAAAUCUGAUGACUUCCCAGAGAGUCCUUGGGAAAGGUAUCGGGUCCAGUACAAGACUGAUCCCACCGAGAAUCAUCUGCAUAGUCCGUGGGAACUAUAUGAUUCUGAGAUGCUAUGGGAGCAUCCCCACAUUGAUCAUGAGAUCAGAGAUAAGCUGCUUUCCUAUUUCACCAAAUUAGACCGCAGGGAGAGGUUUGAUAUCCAAGCACUGAACCAAGUAGCUGAGAAAUUAGAGUUUGCAAACAGGUUUCCUGCCCCAUUCUAUCCUGAACUAAUUCAAUCAAGGUUGAAGAAUGACUACUAUCGGAGUGUGGAAGGUGUCAACCAUGAUAUAAUGAUAAUGUUAUCAAAUGCGGAAGAAUAUUUUAAAAUUACAAAGAAUGUUCAGCUGGUGGGCAAGAUCAGGAGAAUAUCAGAAUGGUUUAGAAGGAAACUUGAAAGGAUAUAGAAAGCUCAAAUUGGAUUUUAUAGGUUUCUUUUAACAUUGUUUUUCAUUCUUUAAUCCAAUUUUGGAGAAUUAGUUGGUGGGUAAUUUGGUUUUAUAAAAUGAAGGUGGUCAUAGGUGGUUGUGGUGGUAAAUAUCAGCUGUCACAUGUGUAUAUAUACAAACUCAUCCUUGUUAAUUCAAUUGUCGUUAUGAGGCAUCUUCAGCUUCUUUAUAUUUGAAUAUUUUGUUGGUUUUGCCUUGGCCUCCACUAAAGCUGAGUUUAAGUUUCAAUAGAAAGUAGUGUAUCGUUUCCUAGAAAGCAAUAAAAUCUUCCAUUCCCUA